AUAAGCCCCUGCAGCAGCCACAAUGUAAGAUUAUCUGCACGCUGUCAGGUGACAACCAUGUCCAACCUAAGGGAUAGACCGCCAUACACCAUAUAUAAAUCAAUCAAAUCAUUCAGCCCCAUUUCAUAUCACUGUUGGCAGCAUUCAGGUCUGAAAAUUUAGAUAAAUACAAGACUUUAUGUUUCUCUCACUGGUGUGAGAGUCCUGUUUACUGAAGAACCUGAAGACAACUGGAGAUGAGGGCUGUGAUGUGGAUUUAUGCCGCGUUUGUCCUCUUGUUGCCUGAAGCGUGGAGCCUGAAUCCAGGAACUAAUCAAAGCACCUCUGUGAGCCCCAGCACUUCUCCUCCUCCUAUUAAAAUUAUCGUUGUCAGACAUUCAGCUUUCAACUUGGGGAGUGACGUUAACCUGACAUGCAGCAAUAAGACGUGGAGUGAGAUCAUGUUUGUUAUAUGCACAAUAAACUUGAAAUCCAGAGAUUGUAGGAUUGGUUUUAGCAAUGAGAACCGAAAAGAAGACUCCUGCAAUGAUGGCAAAUCCCUUCGAAACACAUCCAGGUCUCAGUCAUACCUGCACAUCCCAAAAAUCUCAAAUGAAGAUGAGGGGAUCUAUAAGUGUGAAACAGUUUACUCAGGAGGAAGUGAAAGUUAUGAGAUCAACGUGGCAAUCACAGUUCCUCCCACUAUAUCAGCCUGGUUAGAGCGUAAGGACAAGAAGAUAGUGGCAGUGUGCAGAGCUGACAAAGGAAAACCUGCUGCCAACAUCAGCUGGAGUCGUACGGGAAACUCUUCGGAAACGCUGCUUGACUCAAAUGGAUUUUUUACAGUAGAAAGUCGUCUGGAGCUUCUUGGGGGAAUGGAUACAAAAAAUCUGAGCUGUGCUUUCAGGCACCCUUACUGGAGAGAAGAUAAAGUUUUGGUACCGGACUUCAGAAAAGGCGAUGCCAACAGUCUGACGCCUAACCCUGCAGAGAAAGGACGAAGAACAAGUGCAGCCUCUCUACCCUCACAGUGGCUAAGAGACCAUCCUGUCAUCUCCUGGUGGAUACCAGAACAUGGUCUCCACAAGAAUUUGAGCUGGAUCACUGUCUUAAAUGUAUGAAUAAUGUUAAUAAUAUGUACUUACAUCUUGAACUGCCAAACGGUUAGGUUUACAUAUUUGUAUGUUUGUUUGUUUUUUUCUUUUAUGUGGGGAAAAAACAUAUACAGCCUUUGAAAGCUGAAAAUAAUCCACUGAAAUCACCAACUUUGAACAUCUUUCUGCAAACAAAAAUGUAUACUGUCAAAAUAAUAACAACA